GGAGUGUGAGCAGGCCUGCAGUGUUUAAGCAUUGCUAAAGAAGAGUACAGCUCGGAGAGUUUCUCUCAAGUGCAACAUUUCCAAAAUAAGAUAUAAUGUCUAAAGGUCCAGCGGUAGGCAUUGACCUGGGCACCACCUACUCAUGUGUUGGCAUUUUCCAGCAUGGCAAAGUGGAGAUCAUCGCCAAUGACCAAGGAAACAGAACAACACCCAGCUAUGUUGCCUUUACAGACACUGAGAGGCUGAUUGGAGAUGCUGCCAAAAACCAGGUGGCCAUGAACCCCAACAACACUGUGUUUGAUGCUAAGCGCUUAAUUGGGCGAAGGUUUGACGAUCCCGUGGUUCAGUCAGACAUGAAACACUGGCCUUUUAAGGUGGUGAGUGAUGGAGGCAAGCCCAAGGUGGAGGUGGAGUACAAGGGAGAGAUUAAGACUUUCUAUCCUGAAGAGGUGUCCUCUAUGGUCCUCACUAAGAUGAAAGAGAUCUCUGAGGCAUAUUUGGGAAAGCCUGUAACAAAUGCUGUUGUCACAGUGCCGGCCUACUUUAACGACUCCCAGCGUCAGGCAACCAAGGAUGCUGGCACUAUCUCCGGCCUGAAUGUCCUCCGCAUCAUCAAUGAACCAACCGCAGCAGCCAUUGCCUAUGGGCUGGAUAAAAAGGUUGGCAGUGAGCGUAAUGUCCUUAUUUUCGACCUGGGUGGUGGCACAUUUGAUGUGUCCAUUCUGACCAUUGAGGAUGGAAUCUUUGAGGUCAAGGCCACGGCCGGAGACACACACCUUGGAGGUGAGGAUUUCGACAACCGUAUGGUAAACCACUUCAUUGGUGAGUUCAAGCGCAAAUUCAAGAAGGACAUCACGGGCAACAAACGUGCAGUACGCCGCCUGAGAACAGCAUGCGAACGUGCCAAGCGCACCCUGUCCUCCAGCACCCAGGCCAGCAUUGAGAUUGACUCACUCUAUGAGGGUGCUGACUUCUACACCUCUAUCACAAGGGCACGUUUUGAGGAGCUCAACGCCGACCUUUUCCGCGGUACUCUAGAGCCUGUUGAGAAGGCCUUGCGUGAUGCCAAAAUGGACAAGUCACAGAUCCAUGACAUUGUCCUUGUUGGAGGUUCAACUCGCAUUCCCAAGAUCCAGAAACUUCUACAAGACUUUUUCAAUGGUCGUGAUCUUAACAAGAGCAUUAACCCUGAUGAAGCUGUGGCCUAUGGAGCAGCUGUCCAGGCAGCUAUUCUGUCAGGAGAUAAAUCAGAAAAUGUCCAAGAUCUGCUGCUGCUGGACGUCACUCCUUUGUCUCUGGGCAUUGAGACUGCUGGAGGGGUCAUGACUGUGCUCAUUAAAAGGAACACUACCAUCCCCACCAAACAGACCCAGACCUUUACUACCUACUCUGACAACCAGCCUGGUGUGUUGAUCCAGGUAUAUGAAGGAGAACGAGCCAUGACGAAGGACAACAACAUUUUAGGCAAAUUUGAGCUGACUGGCAUUCCCCCUGCCCCUCGAGGUGUGCCACAAAUUGAAGUGACCUUUGACAUUGAUGCCAAUGGCAUUCUCAAUGUGUCUGCAGUUGACAAGAGCACUGGCAAGGAGAACAAGAUCACCAUCACCAAUGACAAAGGCCGCCUGUCUAAGGAGGACAUUGAGCGAAUGGUGCAGGAAGCUGACAGGUACAAGGCAGAGGAUGAUUCCCAGAGGGAAAAGGUCCAAGCCAAGAACGCUUUAGAGUCUCUGGCCUUUAACAUGAAGAGCACAGUGGAGGACGAUAAUCUCAAGGACAAGAUCAGUCCAGAGGACAAAAAGACCAUAGUGGACAAGUGUAAUGAGGUCAUUGCCUGGCUGGACAGGAACCAGACUGCAGAAAAGGAAGAGUAUGAGCACCAGCAAAAAGAACUAGAAAAAGUCUGUAACCCCAUUAUCACCAAGCUGUACCAGGGCGCUGGGGGUAUGCCAGGUGGAAUGCCUGGUGGUGCAGGUUUUCCUGGAGGUGCAGGAGGUGCUUCUUCUUCUUCUGGUCCCACCAUUGAGGAGGUUGAUUAAACCCCUGUCCAUCAAACACACAGAGAAAUCCAUGGCAUCAGUAACACAUUCAAAAGAUAUUUUUUCCACCCAUUUCACACCAACUGCUCUCAUUAGAGUUUGUUAAUGGCAGCUAAUGGCAUACUAACAUACAGCCGGUGACCAAAUCUGGAUGUGUCUUGCAUGACAACAUACAGAUUUAUUUGCAGUCUUUUGUCAAUACACUCCAGGUCGUCUCGUAAUGGUCUCAGAUUUCUUUGGUUAGGUUUUGGUUAGUAGUUUAUGCCCUUAUUUCCUCUUUUCUAACUUCACAUUCUGCCAGACUUCCUCAAAACAGAUCAUUCUUUAGUUCAGUGUCUUAACAGUUUUAUGGUAGCAUUUGAGUAAAACAAAAUAAAUAAAUAAAAUGGAUUCUCUAUAU